GCAGCAGCAGCCAUCAGCAACACCACCGGCCGCACGCACGCAUCAGAGCUCGCACGAGCCAGGAAGAGGACAGGGCAGCAGGGGACAUCGAUCGCGGCGUGCCACGCACACGAGCACGAGAGCGGGCACAUCGCCGCGUGCCAUUCACACACGAGCUCCAGGAUGGGUUCUUCGCAGUACUCGCAGGCGCAGGAGAGCUACGUGAGGCUGCAGGGCCGGCGGUGGCGGCGGGCGGGGGCGAGGGGGUUCCGGCUGUGCCCGAGGAACCGGCUCUCCGUGCGGCGGCUGCGCGCCGAGCUGCUCACGUUCCUGGGCAUCGUCGGCCGCUACGUGCGCCGCCUCGUCAAGAGGCUCUCGACCACGGGCGCCGGCAGCGGAUGCGGGCGGAGCGGCAGCAGGAGGGUUCUCGUCGGGGGUGGGAAAGACGCCGCGGCGGCGGCGCGCAAGGGGCCGCGGAGGGCGGCGGCGGCGCCGUUCGCGCGGUCCAACUCGUUCUACUCGGAGGCGAUCGCCGACUGCCUCGAGUUCAUCAAGCGCAACUCCGUGCCCGUCGAGGACCUCGGCACCGCCGGCGCCAGGCGAUAGGCAUUCGAGGAGGCUCCGUUUGGAACGGAGCAAAACCGAAGCAAUCAGAAAGUUACACGGUUUCGUGUGGCAUUUCUUCCAAAUGGAGCCUAGCCUAGAGAUGUGAAACCUGGUACAUACACGUACACACGGAUGUAAUAGGGCCGUUUGAAAUUUAGAGCUGCAAACGCUGAAGUUUUUGACAUGUUCAUUCGCACAAGUUACCGCAAUUUUCCGCUUGCCGUGUAUAACCCAGAAUGUACAGACCUUAAUUCUUUGAGCGUGUUAUUUCAGCGAACCAUCGUUCAGGU